GUCUGGUGACAGAGCAACCUUUCCUUGCAACCUCUCACGUGACUGGUUGGGGAGGAAGGCUGAGAGGUUUGUGAUCCCAGCCCGCAGUGGGUCAUUUGCAAUUUGCAGCUGCAUUCCUAGGGCUGCCUGGGCGAUAGACUCUGAGCAACAGCUGAGAAUGGGCUUCCAGGCUGCCUGCUGUUUCGUGCUGCUGCUUUGCACAGGAGGGUCACUCAGCAAACCCACUCUCAGAAAGGAGAGGGUCGUUCAUCCAGACCCUCAGCUCAGCGAUCAGCUGCACGAAGAUAACCAAAGCUUCCAGUAUGACCACGAGGCUUUUCUGGGCAAGGAGGAAGCCAAGACUUUCGAUCAGCUCACCCCAGAAGAAAGCAAAGAGAAACUAGGGAAAAUUGUUGAUAGAAUAGACGAUAACAAAGAUGGCUACGUCACAACAGAGGAAUUGAAAAACUGGAUUAAGCGAGUGCAGAAACGCUACAUCUUUGAAAAUGUGGCUAAAGUCUGGAGAGAUUAUGACGUAAACAAGGAUAACAAAAUAUCCUGGGAAGAAUACAAACAAGCCACAUAUGGUUAUUAUCUAGAAAAUCCAGAAGAAUUUCAAGAUGCGACUGAUCAACACAGUUUUAAAAAAAUGCUGCCCAGGGAUGAAAGGCGAUUCAAAACUGCAGACCUGGAUGGAGACUCAACUGCCACUCGUGAGGAGUUCACUGCCUUUCUUCAUCCGGAGGAGUUUGAGCACAUGAAAGACAUUGUCAUCUUAGAAACACUGGAAGACAUAGACAAAAACGAGGAUGGUUUUGUGGAUCAAGAUGAGUACAUUGCUGAUAUGUUUGCACAUGAGGAAGGUGGACCCGAACCUGACUGGGUAAUUACUGAACGUGAGCAGUUUUCAGAUUUUCGGGAUAUAAACAAGGAUGGGAAGAUGGAUAAAGAGGAGAUUCGGCACUGGAUUCUCCCACAAGACUAUGAUCACGCACAAGCUGAAGCCAGGCACUUAGUCUAUGAAUCGGACGUAGAUAAGGAUCAAAAGUUAACCAAAGAGGAGAUUCUAGAGAACUGGAACAUGUUUGUUGGCAGCCAAGCUACCAAUUAUGGGGAAGAUCUAACAAAAAAUCACGAUGAACUAUGAUAUUUUUUACAACUCAGUGUGCCACAGACUGUUCAGUUUCUCACCACAUUAAUGACGUCACUGUGGUUUUUUCCAGCUGAAUAACUUGCACCAAUAUGUUUUUAACAAAGCAGCUUAUUACCUCAGAAACGGGGUAGAAAUAGCCUCUUACUCUGCACCAUUAAAUGCAGGAGUUAGUCACUACGAUUUUAUUUUUAAAAACCCCUCACGAUUCUGAAUAGAUUGCAGUAUCACUUUGGCAAUGAAUGUCUAAGACUUAGUUCUUAGGCUCAUCAGAAGUUUUUCAUAUUUUCUUUAAAUACAGUUGUUUUUCCUAUAGGGAAAUGCAGUUUUGAUCAGGAAGAAGCUUAUUGAAUGUUUAAACAGAUUCCAAGUUUAGUGGGUUUUUUUUAAAAAAAAAGUAACUAAGAAUUUAGAAUCAUAUUCUCCCUUUCCCAUGUAAAGGAGAGAUUUUACUUGAUAAGAGCCAUCACCUUUUUUCCUCCAUGCUGUAGUCUUUCCUCCUGGUUGGGUCCAGAGGUGCUGAAUGAAUAAGACCUCUUGGAAUACAGGCAUGUGCACCAGCCCUAUGGAUCUUAACCAUUUGAGCGUGACACCUACAACUACUCACUGCCCCCAGUUCCCUUUCACUAAUCAGUAGCAGCACAUCUGUCACACUGGCUGUCACCCCAAGGUUGUUCUUUCAUGAGGACAAUAGAGUUCAUGUUGACAAUUAUUACUACUAACAGCAGAGGUAAUAUGGGAUGGCUGGUGGGCUGUUGGUUAUGCUGUUUCCUGAGAAGAAUUAUGGCACAUGGACCUGUUUUUCAACUCAUCCCACACUUCGUAUGAGCGACACACUCCACUUUUACUAUGUAGGGCCUUUGCUGACUCAUUCAUGUCACGUGGAAAAGAAAUGAGACAUCUACCCUCUGGACCCUUCUUGAGAUUAUGGGCCUUCUGUUCUCCUCUGUGCUGCAUCAGGGAUGCAUGUGGUUUAAAGUGCUGGUUUGUAUAUAUACACACACAUUUAUAUCACCAAAUUGUACCAUAGGUGGAUGGUUUUCCUUUAGAACAGUAAACCUUCCAUAUGGCUGCAUUUUUUACUGUAUAAUAUGAGCUGUUCUUUAUUAUAUACAUGUGUGUGGGUUUUUUAGCCCCUGUAUUGAGUUGACAUGCACAAUAAAACCAUGACUUUCUUUUUGAUACUA